CGGAGGGGCACUCGGCGCCAGUGAAAUCAUUGCGUUGGAGUGAGAUACGAGGGGGUUUGCUAGGCAACCACCUCUAGCUGCUGCAGGUGCAGCUGCUGUGCAAGCACACGCCGCGUGCAUGUAUAAUGGACCCGCUUCUCUGAUUCACUCUUCAUCCUUCUGGCUUUCACUGCUGUUCCAGAACCGCCACUCACCAUCGUUAUCACUCACAAUGACAUCGACCCCGACCACCAAGUCUCACCCGAGCGCCAAGGCGCCGUCCAAGAUGACGCUCAACCUCGGUAACCUGCCGCCUAGGAAGGCGGGUGACUUCAAGAAGGAGGCGCCGGCGUGGCCUCGCACACCGUCGCGAGUCAACCCUAACCAGCCCCCUUGGCCCGCAUACCGAGGCUACCACGAGUACUCGUUCGCUCAUGCCACCAUGGGCGUCCGCCUGCCGACAAUCCUCGGCAAGGCUAUCAACGACGUCUGGCUCACGCUCAACCAAGAGUACGACGAGGACCGGAUCCUGGACCUCCUCGAGUGCAUCCAUCGCAUGGACACGCUCAUGGCCGACCUGCAGAACAAUGCUACGCUGCGCCCGAUUGUCGACGACGGCGCAGGCGACGUCGCGCUCUGGAACAAGUUCUUCCGCGGCAAGGACUUUAUGAACGCGCCGUGGCUCUUUGCCGAGGCGUACAAGUACCGCCGCCUGAGGGAGUGCUUCUCCCUCAGCAAGUACUGGGUGGAUUAUGACGUCUUCUUCCGCCAAAAGUGCGACACGUUCUCACGCUCGUCGCAGGCCGUGUUUGAGCUCUCGACGCGCUUCCACGAGCCGGCGCAGGUCAACGGCAGCGCAGCGGACCAGGCCAAGAAGAACCGCCUCAUCUUCCUCGAGCUUACGCAGAUCUGCCUGUGGGGCAACUCGACCGACCUGUCCCUACUCAUCGACAUGACCGAGGAGGACAUCAAGAAGCUCCAGUCGACCGGCGGCGAGCACCUCGCUGCCACCGAGAAGAACAUUCUCGGCAACGACCUGGACAAGCUCGCCGACUACGUGCUCUCGCUCAAGGGCGCGCGCAUCGACUUUGUGCUCGACAAUGCCGGCUUCGAGCUCUACUGCGACCUCGUGUACGCCGACUGGCUGAUCCAGUCGGGCAUUGCGAGCACGGUCGUCUUCCACGGGAAGCGCAUGCCGUGGUUCGUGUCCGACGUGACCAAGCAGGACUGGAACUGGCUCCUCAAUAUCUGUGUGCACGGCAACCUCUUCCCCGAGGUCUCGGAGGAGGAGAACAACUCGCUGCGCGAGAUGGGCCGCAGGUGGAAGCAGUACGAGAAGGAGGGCAAGUGGAAGUACGAGUCACAUCCGUUCUGGAGCACGGGCUACACUUUCUGGCACCUCAACUCCGAGUCCCCCGACCUCUGGAUCGAGCUGCAGAGCUCCGACCUCGUCAUCUUCAAGGGCGACCUCAACCACCGCAAGCUCACAUACGACUGCCACGCGCCGCCCGAGACGCCUUUCCCUGUGGCGAUUGGCCCGCUCGCGGCCGACGAGGGCGCGCCGCCCAUCUGCUCGCUGCGCACCAUCAAGUCGGACGUCGUCGUCGGCAUCCCCAAGGAGCUUGGCCCCAAGCUCGACGAGGAGGAGCCCGGAUGGAAGAUCUCGGGCAAGUAUGCCGUCGUGCUGCUGUCACCUGGCGACCCGAAGGGCCGUCCCGCGGCGCAGUGAGCGCAGAGCGCAGUG